CGACUGGCACAGACAAUGAUUUUUGCCAUUGAAGAAAUAAACCAGAAUGCGAAACUCCUCCCGGGAAUCGCUCUCGGAUAUCAGAUCCACGAUGACUGCUCGUCCUCCGCGAUCGCCUCGAACGCUGCUCUUACUUUGAUCAACGGGGAAGAGGAAUCAGUUGAACACCUUGAAUGCAGAGGCUCUUCCAACGUCGCUGCCAUUGUUGGAUGCGAUAUGUCUACAAGCUCCAUUGUAACGGCAAGGAUAAUGGGAUCCUUUGGCAUUCCACUGGUUAGUUACUAUUCCACCUGCUCCUGCCUCAGCGAUAAGCGAGAAUACCCGACGUUUUUCAGAACCAUCCCCGGCGACCAAUACCAGUCUAAACUCCUUGCAGACCUAGUAAGAACAUUUGGCUGGACUUGGAUUGGAACUAUUAGAAGUAACACGGAUUAUGGUAAUUUCGGAAUGCAAGGAUUUGUGGAACAUGUGGAAAAGUUUGGAGUUUGCAUUGCCUACUCUGAGUCCUUUUACAGGACCGACCCGCCUGAAAAAAUCAGUAAAAUUGUCCAGGUGAUUAAGCAGGCGUCUACUAAAGUGGUAGUGGCUUUUGUCCAUGGUGGUGAUAUGCGAAUUUUGUUGAAUGAGAUUUGGCGACAAAAUGUAACCGGCAUACAAUGGAUUGGAAGUGAGGCGUGGGUUACAAGAAAUUUUCUUCCGGCUAAAGAAAGGGCGAUCUAUCUUACCGGGACAAUUGGUCCAGCUACCCGAAGGAUAGAGAUAAGUGACCUCAGAGAUUAUCUUCACAACGUUCAUCCUUCAAGUUUUAGUGGUAACAUGUUGGUGACAGAGUUUUGGGAGACUUUAUUCGCCUGUUCCUUUAUCACGGACAACGGCACACGACCAGGGAACUCGCCUGGUCACGUUCGGCAAUGCACUGGAAAUGAACAGAUGGAAGGGAUACAAAAUAGCUACCUGCCAGCGGUAAUGGACGGGACUUCGUACCACGUAUAUUCAGCGGUCUACUCCAUCGCUCAUGCACUCCACGACCUGUUAACCUGUGUAGAAGCAAAGACGGGAGAAACCGUAUAUUUUGAUGAAAAUGGUGAUCCAGUGCCAAGAUACGAUUUCGUGAACUUACAAACAAACUUAAAGGGGAGCGUCGACAUUGUAAACGUCGGAUAUUAUGACGGUUCGGCUCCGCCAGGUCACGAACUAAUGCUAAAUGUCAAGGAAAUCAGCUUUAGCACGUCUGGAAAUACGAUCCCUCGAGCUGUUUGCUCAGAACCAUGUCUUCCUGGAACAAGAAAAGUCGGCCGAAAAGGACAGCCUGUAUGUUGCUUUACCUGUGCAAAGUGUGCCGAUGGUGAGAUCAGCAAUGCCACUGAUUCCACGGAUUGCAUCAAGUGUCCUCUGGAAUACUGGAAUAAUCAGGCAAAAACAGAAUGUGUUCUCAAGAGGGUUGAGUUUCUUUCAUUUGGAGGCAUUCUUGGGGUUAUAUUAGUAACACUUGAUCUAAUCGGAGUAUGUUUUACUUUGGGAGCCGCUGCCAUUUUCUACCGGUAUCGAGAAACUGCCAUGGUCAAAGCGAAUAACUCUGAACUGAGCUUUCUGCUUCUUUUAGCUCUGCUGCUUUGCUUCAUUUGCUCUCUGACUUUCAUUGGAGAACCCUCCAUCUGGUCUUGCAUGUUGCGCCGCACCACUUUCGGAAUUCUGUUUGUUCUCUGCAUUUCCUGCAUCUUGGGCAAAACUGUCCUUGUCGUGAUUGCUUUUAAAGCAAAUCAACCUAAUAGUAGUGUUAUGAACUGGUUCGGACCUGUGCAGCAACGUCUGGGCGUCUUCCUUCUUACGAUUUUGCAAGUGUUAGUUUGUGUUGUCUGGUUAAGUGUGUCACCUCCCUACCCCCUUAAAAACAUGAGCCAUUACAGAGACAUCAUUAUUCUGGAAUGUAAUGUCGGCUCCUUGACAGCUUUUUACUUGGUCUCAGUUUAUAUUGCUUUGUUGUCCAUUGUGUGUUUAGUACUCGCAUUCCUUGCCCGGAAACUCCCAGAUAGUUUCAACGACGCCAAGUACAUCACCUUCAGCAUGCUGAUCUUUUGCGCUGUAUGGAUAACUUUUAUUCCAGCUUAUGUGAGCUCUCCUGGAAAGUACACCGUAGCUGUUGAAGUGUUCGCCAUUUGGGCAUCAUGCUUCGGUAUGCUAGCUUGCAUUUUUGCCCCGAAAUGCUAUAUCAUUUUAUUCAAACCGGAGAUUAAUACAAAGAAACAUUUGAUGUCCAAAGGGACUUCACUUUAA